AUGGAAGAUACGCUGGGUGAGGGGUCCACGGUAAACCAUACCGUGGAUGUGACCGAACAUGGCCAUGACAAUGAUAAUAGCAACAACCCAAAUGCUAUUGAAGCAAGGGCUGCAAACACAGAAUCUACUAGCGAGGGGCUGCAACAGGAAGGUGAUUCUCUGAAAGAUGGAGAAGUUGUUACGAAUAGGGAUGACGCAGAAAAUGACGCGAUAACAGUAACAGGAAAGCAGCAACCAUCCAUACCGGCAAAUGAGCUCGAUUCGCAAGAAGUACCCUCCGUGAAAGAAGGCAGCGCUCAGAACAUUUUUGAGCAAGAUCACAAUGAAAGUGACAAUCUAUUUGGCGAAACCGAAAGCUCUGUUUCGAAUAAUGAUGCAAAUACUCCCAAUAAACCCAUGAACUCGGUAGAUAGUGGAAACAAUGGGCCUGCUGCGAAUGAAGAUAGCGUAAUACAGAAUUCAAAUAACAAUGAAGAAAGUCUGGAGGCCGGUGAAACACAAAAAAAGGAGGAACCAGGGGAAAACAACGGUAAUGAAGGUGUCAAAGAGGAAAGCCAGCCAAUUCAGAGCAUAAAGGGGAUGGAUGACGAGGAGGAGGAAGAUGAGGACGACGAUCAGCCGAUGAUGAGCCCCGAUAAUUCUAUCUUUGGAGAAACUAAGAGUGAGACUAAACAACUGGGCAACGCUUCGUCGUUCGCUAAUACUCCAUCUGAAAUUCCAGAUGCACAUAAAGCUGAAGAGGAGAGAAUCAUAGGAAAGGCAGACAGUAUGGACAAGAAAAUAAAUACUGACGAAGAGAGAAACGAACAUGAGCAGGAAAUUGCAAACUACCAUUCCGAAGGUGUUGAUUCGAAGAAAACACCCAUUACUAAAACGGAACCGGAAACUUUUGAUAUACCGCAAGCACAUGAAAUUGUUAUCCCGAGCUAUUCCAAAUGGUUCAAUGUAGAAAAAAUUCAUUCCAUUGAAGUCCAAUCAUUGCCAGAGUUUUUCACAAACAGAAUUCCGUCUAAGACGCCUGAGGUAUACAUGAGAUAUAGAAAUUUCAUGAUAAAUUCUUACAGGCUGAAUCCCAAUGAAUAUUUUAGCGUCACCACAGCGAGAAGAAACGUCUCUGGUGACGCUGCUGCAUUAUUCAGAUUGCAUAAAUUCUUAACGAAAUGGGGUCUAAUAAACUAUCAAGUCGACUCUAAACUACUACCCAAGAACAUCGAACCCCCACUGACAUCUCAAUAUUCCACAAGGCAUGAUGCUCCCAGAGGACUUUUCCCUUUCGAAAGUUACAAGCCGUCUGUACAACUACCAGAUAUGGCAAAGCUUAAAAAAAUGAUGAAUACAAGUGACUCGGAAAGUACUUUAUAUAAAUAUUUGAAAGAAAGUAAAAGAAAAUAUGACGAAAUCACUCAUCCGCCCGGUACGACAGAUGAUGAUAAUGGUGGUAAAAUGAAAAACAAUAUUAAUACGUCAACUAAUGGGACUGAUGACAUUUUACUGGAAGAGGACGAAACUUCACGCCCUCUGAAGAAAAUCAAAAUUUUAGAACAAAUUGAUGAGAAUUGGUCAAAGGAAGACUUGCAAAAAUUGCUAAAGGGCAUACAAGAAUUUGGUGCUGAUUGGUAUAAAGUGGCUAAACAUGUAGGUAACAAAUCACCUGAGCAUUGUAUCUUACGCUUUCUUCAAUUGCCCAUCGAAGAUAAGUUUUUAUAUGGCGAUGGCGAUACCAAGGGAAAUAAUGACAGCGGAUUAGGACCUUUAAAGUAUGCUCCUCACUUGCCAUUUUCUAAAAGCGAAAACCCAGUUUUAUCAACAAUAGCAUUCUUAGUGGGAUUAGUCAAUCCCAAAACUGUUCAGUCAAUGACUCAGAGAGCAAUUCAAUCAGAAGAAUCAAUAGAGUCUCAAAAACAGGAAAUUUCUGGUAAAAAUUCAGUUGAAAAUGUUAAAGAAGGUUCAGAAAUUGCCAUUUCAUCAUUAGGUUUUAGGAGUCAUGUUUUUGCCAAUAAUGAAGAGAGGCAAAUGAAUUUUUUAACCAAUGAAUUAAUGAGACUUCAAAUGGAAAAAUUAGAUAUGAAACUAAACCAUUUGAGGAAACUAGAAAAAUUUAUGGAGUUGGAAAGAAAAACCUUGGAAAGACAACAGGAAAACUUAUUGAUUCAAAGAUUGAACUUCAAUCAAAAUUCUAACAAAAUUGUAAACGUUUUAACCCAAUGUUUAAACUCCGUAUCCGACACCAACAUCAAUAACAGUUCAGUAGCGGAAAGGGACGAAAUCACAUCACAGAUAAACCACUUUAAAAGUAUGUUGUCGAAACCUGAAACUUUAAGUAUUGGGAAGAAUCCAUUCAACAGUUCUAAUGUUGAAGCAAGUGAGAGUCAUAAUGGCAAAAGUAUAUCCAAUGAGAAUGAUGUCAAACCGAUUUCUAUCGAAGCCCCCCAAUUUUACAGAUAUUGGUCGGCAUAA